AUUUGUUAAGUAAAUUUCUAUGAAUAAUAAACAUGUAUAUUCUAAGUUAUAAUAUACAAUUCCUAGUCCCUGGUGGACUUUGGACAUACUGAGUCUGAUUUUGGUAUAGACUAGUGACUUCACAUUCACUUUUGUGAAUAAUCAAGAUAUGUCAGAGCUACCAGUCUCCAUUCAAGAUGUGGAGACACCAUGUUUGCUUGUGGACAUUGAUAGAGUGAAGGCAAACUGCCGGAGGAUGAGGGACCGGUGUACAGAGAUGGGCGUGGAGCUGCGACCUCAUAUGAAGACACAUAAGACACUGGAAGGGGCAGAGCUCAUGACAGAUGGUUCCAAGCGGAAGAUAGUUGUUUCUACAGUGGCUGAGGCAGAGUUCUUUGCUGGUAAUGGAUACGAUGACAUCAUAUAUGCAAGUCCUAUGGUGAAGGAGAAAUUAACAAAGAGAGUCCAAUCUCUGGCUUCGAGACUAGCAGACUUCCAUCUCAUGGUUGACUCAGUUGUUGGUAUCGAUGGCAUCAUCGAAACGCCUCUGGACGGAGAUAGGAAGUGGAGCGUGUUUGUCGAGAUAGACUGCAAUUAUGGAAGAACUGGUUGUUGCUGGGACAGUGAGGAUGUACUCACAAUCUGCAAGAAGGCACAUGAGGCAGCCAACAUACGCUUUCAAGGCCUCUACAAUCACUGUGGGAACACAUACGUACCAGACACGGACAAGAGGUCCAAGAUCCAGCAUGAAACUGUGGCCAACUUAAUGGCCGUCAAGGAAAGGCUUGCAGCAGCAGGCAUACCAUGUGCCAGAUUUGGCUGUGGAUCAACUCCGUCCUGUAGCAAACCAAUACAGGACAUGUCCAUGCUGACUGAGUUCCAUCCAGGAAAUUACAUAUUCUAUGAUUACAUGCAGGUGUGCGUUGGUUCAUGUUCACUGGAUGAUAUCGCAGUCAAGGUUGCUGCUACGGUGAUAAGUCACAAGCCCGAGGUGGGGACUCUGGUGACGGACUGUGGCUGGCUUGCAAUUGGUCAGGAUGGGAUGGAACGGGAACCUAGCGAUGUCCCCCUGGGUUACACUCCAGUCGUGGGGCAUCCUGAACUGAGGGUGAGAGGCAUGACUCAGGAGAUUGGCAAGUUUGAAGGCAAUGGGGUUGCCAUUGACUACAGCAAGUACCCACUGGGGUCUCGCCUCUAUCUCUACCCAUUCCAUUCUUGCCUAACUGCGGCGCAGCAUCCAGUCUACUACGUCCAUUCGGGAGAUAAAAUCAUCGGUUCAUGGACCCCGAUCAGAGGGUGGUAACCAGGGAGAUUGUUACCAGAUGAUGCUGUUGUUACCAUAGCAACGAAAAUUACGUAACAAAUUAUAUACGCUGUCAAAGUGCAGACUAUACAACAGAUUACAGCACAGUUCUGGAUGUUUGGUUUUCUCUGUUCUUUAAAUACGUGCAUAAGUGGUAAAGGUUUAGAUACGCAUCUAAGUGGUAAAGGGUUAAAGACGUAUCUAGGUUGUAAAGGUUUAGAUACGCAUCUAAGUGGUAUAGGGUUAAAGACGUAUUUAAGUGGUAAAGGGCUAAAUACGUAUCUAGGUUGAAAAGGGUUAAAUACGUAUCUAGGUUGUAAAGAAUUAAAUAAGCAUCUAAGUGGUAAAAGUUUAAAUACGCAUCUAAGUGGUAAAGGGUUAAAUAUGUAUCUAGGUUGUAAAGGUUUAAUACGCAUCUAAGUGGUAAAGGGUUAAAUACGUAUCUAGGUUGUAAAGGGUUAAAUACGUAUCUAGGUUGUAAAGGGUUAAAUAUGUAUCUAGGUUGUAAAGUGUUAAAUACGUAUCUAGGUUGUAAAGGGUUGAAUACGUAUCUAGGUUGUAAAGGGUUAAAUACGUAUCUAGGUUGUAAAGGGUUAAAUACGUAUCUAGGUUGUAAAGGGUUAAAUACGUAUCUAGGUUGUAAAGGGUUUAAUGAGAUCUUACCCUGUGCUGAACUUGUGAGAGUUUUAAAUGGAAAUUACAAAUAGAAUUGUCCAUGUGAUUUGCAUUGAUGUUUUAAAUAAACACAUCAUAGAAUAUGAAACAUCUGAGUGGUAUUUAUUAUUUUAAAACUAUAAACAACAUAUUAUUGAGUUACAUAUGAACUUGCUGUAUGCAUACGAAUUGUAUGAAAAAAGCAUAACCUUUAAGGAGGGGCUUUGUAAAUAUUGGCCCAUCGCUAGUCGUAUGUCAUUAUAAUACAUUUAGUGCCAUUGAAGUAUUUGUUCAUCAGUGCAAUAUUAUUUAAUGUGUGAUAAACCUAAAUUUGUUCCAAUAAUAUACAUUGCAUUGAACGGACAUAUUACAUUUGUAAAGCUAAUUAAAUGUGAUUAAAUUUUUCCAUUGAUAAAUAUUGUGUGUGUAGAGCGGGUAAAUGAAGUUUUCAAAGCUAGUCAUACAUGUUUGUCAUUAAUGUAUUCAAUUUAUUAAUAUUGCAUAGAAUGGGCAAAUUACAUUUCUGUUGCGUUGAAAAUUUAAAAGAAUAACAUAAUAGGUCCAAGUAUAAUGUACUGACAACCUAUAUCAAAUUAAUGCUUAAUCCAAACAUUAACUAUGUAUUAUAUUUAGUUGUUUAUGCUUCAUAUCGAUUUUCACCCCUUACCAAGGUUUAUGUUAUUUUAUAUGCUCUUUGUGUUUGUAUGAACAAUUUUUAUGUUUCUGUUUUGCCUCUAGGCUGGUUAGCUUGUCUAUGAUUUGAGCAAAAGUAAAUAUGAAUUUGUAUAAUUAAUUUAACAUAUCCGUUUGUGUAUUGGUAAAAUGCAUACACUGUGAUAUUUAUUUAUCAGUAUUAUUCAAGAAUAUUUAUUAAGUAAUUUUCAA